UUUUAAAUCUCGAACCAACUAUAAAUACCAACCAGCGUUUAGUGGAUUCAUUCAAGUGUUUGUCUCCGUAAAGCACAACUGACCAGAAUUACCAAAAUGGCUUUCAAAUGGGUUGUGGCUCUCCUCUUCGUGGCGGUGUGCGCCAGCACCAUCUCCGCCGACGAUGAGAAGGACAACCUCCUCUACACCAUCAGGAACUCCGCCUCCGGCAUGGUCCUCGACGCCGAAGACCCCAAAAGAAUCAAAGUGCAGUACCACACCGGCUACAAGACCCAGUUGUUCAGAUUCUUGCGUGGUAGGAAACCUGGCCUCUUCCACAUCGUCAACAACCAGACAGGAGGCGUCCUGGACUUCAUCAAGGACGAAGGUAAGUUCCAGGUCGUCCUGACUGACAAAACCGACUCGCUGCAUCAACAAUGGUACCUCAACGCCGACGGCCGCAUCGUCAACGCCCAGAACCAGCAAGUCAUCGACGUCCUGGCCUACAACAGCGAGCACUUCCCCGGGAAUCGCGUAGGACUGUACCGCACUGUGGGAGCCAGAUCGCAGGAAUUCGUCUUGCAGCGAAAGGGCGACUACGAGAAGGGCUCAUCAGAAGAUACCGAAUACGAGACCAGCGAUUCUCCCGACUCCAUCAUGAAAAUGUAAAAUGUAGUUUUGUCCGUUGACAGAUGAUAAAUUUGGAAAAUAUCUUCAACUAUCAAUAAAUAUUAAUCGCAAAAUA